AUGAGCGUUUUGACCAAGAAAUUACGAAACGCCGCUCGGAUUAUUCUUGUCGGCGCUCCUGGGGUGGGAAAAGGCACACAAACCGAGAGACUGAUUAAGAGAUACCCCCAACUCGCCUCAAUAAGUUCUGGUGAUUUACUACGAGAUCAUGUUCGCAACAGAACGCCCUUGGGCAUUCGCGCCGAGUCCGCAAUUCAGGCCGGCAAACUUGUUCCAGAUACCACUAUGAUAGAGUUGAUAUCCUCUGAGCUCAUAUCGAAGGGAUGGCUAUCACAAUCGAACUCGGCUUCCUCCCCGAAGCUCGACUCUUCUGCCUCCUUCAUUCUUGACGGUUUUCCGCGCACCGCUGCUCAGGCGUCUAGUCUAGAGCACCUCGUCCCUAUCAACCUCGUUGUUCAUCUCCUUACUCCUCCAGCCGUCAUAAUUAGCCGAAUUUCAUCUCGGUGGGUCCACCCCGCCUCGGGUCGAGUAUAUAAUACUACUUUCAACGCCCCAAAGUUACCUGGAAAGGAUGACAUAACCGGCGAACCUCUGGUCCAAAGACAAGACGACUCAAUCGAUGUCUGGAAGCAGAGAUUAAAGAAGUUUGAAGAGACCAGCCGUUCGCUACUGGAUCACUACGAUAAGAAGGGGUCUCUUUGGCGAGUCGAGGGAAAUUCCAGCGACGAAAUAAGUCCAAAACUUUUCGCUGAGAUUGAAAGGAGGUUCGGCUAA